AUGACAUCGUCUGGAGUGACAGUCUUGCGGUACUCGCGGUGGCAGCGCUGGUUGGCCUCGCUGGUGACGAAGCCUAUGAACUCGGAGACGCACUCUUGGAUCGUCUCCUUGGCAUCGUCAGCGAUCUUGGCGUGGUCGGGAAGGACCCGCCGCAUGAUACGGAUCACGUUUGCAAUCGGCAUGUACUGGUCUGGGUCCCGCUUGAAAGACUGUUGGGGGCUAGCGGCCAACCUUGUUGUUGCUGCUGCUGCUGUUGUUGUUGCUGCUGCUGCUGCGUUUGCUUGGAUCACACAUAUUUCAUAUGACAUUUACCAUAAGUGCUGGAAUUGA